AUGUACGUAAAGUGUUUCGUCGUAAAGUGACUAUUAUUAUUAUUAUUAAUUAUUCGAAUGUAUUAAUUAUAAUAUUUAGUGCAUUUAAUUCGAUUUUUUGUUGUGAUAAAAUGCAGCGUGAUCCUAUGCUUCCGUGCUUACCAGGCUUUACUUUCGAUAAAAACGUAAGUCAUUUUUUCUUCAUAAUUUUGUGACAUUUUACACUUGAUUAACCCAUAUAUCUAAGAGCUAAUACUUGGAUUGGCAAUAAAUAGAAGACAUAUGAUUAUAAUGGGAUAUAGGAAGCGUUUAAUGUAUACGUACCUUGUUUAGCUUGGUCGGACGAACUUUCCCAGGAAUCAAAAUUUUGCAAAAAUUCAUGAUGGAGUCUAUUAUUUAUCAGAAAAGCAUGACGAAGGCGAUCCUAUUCGUUAUCCAUCAAUUUAUCCUCGCGGAGAAGUUCAAGAACUACCUCCUUGGAUUGCCUAUGAUGGCCAAAGGUUGAUGUUUAAAGCAUUUUUCCAAGAAACAGUUCAUGAAAGAUGGAAAAUAGCUUAUCAAAUACGCGUUGUAAAUAUCAGCUUCUUCUUAGAGGAUGGAACAAUGAAAAUUUCUGAACCCUCUGUGGACAAUAGUGGUCUUGAGCAAGGUGUCCUAUUAAAACGUCAAAGAAUUCCAAUGCCUGAUCCAGCGAGGUAUAGAUAUUACGAUAUGAUCGAUUUAAAUAUCGGCAAAGAGCCGGAAAUAUUUGGCAGAGUAUAUAAAAUUGUCGACUGCGACAAAUUCACAAGACAGUUUUUAAAUCGUAUGGGAAUCGCGGUGCCAGAUCCGAUAGAAAUACCAAAAGAUCCCCAUUCGCAACUUUAUAAGAGAGAAACAUUCCCAAAGAAACCAAAGCAGAAAGUCGACACACUUGGCGAUUUCUUGAAAUAUGACAAACAAGUGCUACGGUUUUACGCUUACUGGGAUGACACGGACAAUCUUUACGGUAUCGUGCAUGAUCUUGAAAUUCACUAUUAUCUGGCUGACAGCACAAUGGAGAUUAAAGAAAACAUGCCGCCGAAUUCUGGACGAGAUUCUGGCUCGAUGUUCUUGCGACGUAUGAAAGUUCCAAAAAUUUUCAGUGAAAUCGACCCAAUUGGAGCACGAAAUCCUUUCACUGUUUUGAACGUUUUGGGAGAAGACACAUCUUACGGUUACUACACGAUAGAUCCAUUGAACACUGGAAAACUUCGUACGGAAUAUUACAAAGAAAACGAGCUUAAUAUUGGUGCACAAUUAAAUAUUUUUGGCAGAAUAAUUGUCAUAACGGAUAUGGAUGCUUACACGAAGGAAUAUUACAGGAAGAAAUACGGCUUGAACGAUUUUACACCGAUGGAAAAACCUCGGGAAAACGGUGAGACCUGCGGGAAAAUAGAGAAAUACAUUCCACCGUACAAUGGUUUUGGAUCGUAUGAAGAUUCUCUAGGAAAUUGUCUCAGCAUGAUACCGCAACCACCUAAAACAGAUAUGAUGAAAUUUCUGCAUUAUGAUAAGCACGUGUUUCGUACGCUGCCUUUUCCAGAAGAGAAUGCCGAUGAUGCUGCCUAAUCAAGAGAUAUUUGUAAGCAAGAAACCGGACUAUUACAAACCGGAGGAUUUCUAUAUCGGUUCACGUCUCAGCUUGAACGGUUUUAUCUUCGAAAUUACCUCCGCCGACGUUUAUGCUCUUCGUUACAUGGAGUUACAUUGCGAUAAGUUUGCCAAAGCUAACGUGAAGUUAAUCAUGGAAAAACUACGGCGAGCAUUGAAACCGGUUUACAAGGAAUUCGUACAGCUCUGCACGUCGGCGAAAUCAAUCGACGACGAUCGUCAAGUUCUGCCGUAUGAAAAACUCAGGGAAAUUUUGUUCAAGUAUAUGGAAGAUAAAAUAACGGAUCACGAAAUAAUCACAGUCAUUCGACACUAUUCGUCUCAUGAGAAAAAAGAAUUUCGCACUCGAGAAUACGUCAGGCAAUUAAUGCAUACGGAAUUAUUGCGAAGCUUGUGGAACGAUCUCGAUCGUUUAGAGGAGGAUCUACAUCAUUACGAUAGAGGAAGAACAGGAUUUUUACCACGCAGUACAUUGUACACUGUGCUUCGUGGUGCUAGAAUUCCAGUUGACGUGGAACUUUUAAAUUCCAUGCUUGAUCAUGUUCAUAAGAACGAAGAGGAGAAAUUGGAUUAUAACGACAUGCUGAGAUUUAUGAACAUGAAAGUAGAUCCUCUUCCUUUCGCGCCACCGAUAAACAUCAAGACGGCACUUUGGUGGGCAUCAGAAAAAGAUCCGGACUGUGGUGCUGGUAUAAUUUGGUGUGAUUUCAUAAAAGAUUUAGGCAUCGUCGACGAAGAAAUGGAUUCAGAUGAAAAAUCACCAGAGCAGCAAGCUGCAAAACAAGCUAUUGAAUAUUCAUAGAACUUUUACAGAAUUUUAAUUAUAAUCGGCGACCCCACAUAUUUAAAAACUGCACAAUCUUUC